GGCGGCGGCAGUGACGCGGGGUUUGGGCCGCGGGGAAUGAAGCAGCCGCGGUGGGCCAUCGGCGGAGCCGUGUAGCAGAGAAGCGGCUCCGCGUCCCUCCUUCCCUUGACCGAGCCGGGAGCGCGCGCGCGCGGCCGUCCGGCGCGGGCUCCCCACCCCUCGACUCCCGCGACCCGCACCGCACCCCCACCUGGGCCGGAGGAUGAUGAAGCUCAAGUCGAACCAGACUCGCACCUAUGACGGCGACGGCUACAAGAAGCGGGCCGCGUGCCUGUGUUUUCGCAGUGAGAGCGAAGAGGAGGUGCUACUCGUGAGCAGUAGUCGCCAUCCAGACCGAUGGAUUGUCCCUGGAGGAGGCAUGGAGCCUGAGGAGGAGCCGAGUGUGGCAGCGGUCCGUGAAGUCUGUGAAGAGGCUGGAGUAAAAGGGACAUUAGGAAGAUUAGUUGGAAUUUUUGAGAACCAGGAAAGGAAGCACAGAACAUACGUGUAUGUGCUCAUUGUCACAGAAGUGCUGGAAGACUGGGAAGACUCAGUUAACAUUGGAAGGAAGAGGGAAUGGUUUAAAAUAGAAGAUGCCAUAAAAGUGCUGCAAUAUCACAAACCUGUGCAGGCGUCGUAUUUUGAAACAUUAAGGCAGGGCUACUCGGCCAACAAUGGCACCCCGGUAGUGGCCACGACAUACUCGGUUUCUGCUCAGAGCUCAAUGUCAGGCAUCAGAUGACUGAAGACUUCUGUAAGAGAAAUGGGAAUUGGAAACUAGACUGAAUGCAGAUCUUCCCUCUCACCCUUGCUCUUUUCACCUUCCUCACAGGCUUCCUCUUUCAAACAUGGCAUGGUGGGCACAGAGAAGGGUUUAUUGAUAAUGUUGCUGUUGGGUAUUAAGUGAUGGGGCUUUUUUCUUCUCUUUUUAUUGAGGGGCUGGGGGUUAGGAAUGUAAUUUGUAAAGUACUUUUUGUGCAUGAUCUCUCCCUCCCUUUUCACACUCCUACAAUUCUCUGAAGAGAGGCAAACAGCCUCUCUCUGCCUUGAAUUCUGAAGUGUUCCUAUUUGUCUCUUCCCAACCCCAGCCAGACAUUUUUCUUUGAUUUUUAAUUUUUUUUUUUAUUAAAACAUACCAGUGUGAGACAGAACUUCAAAAUUUGUUCUAUAAUGUGCUGUUCAGUCCAGUAGGUUGGUCACUUUCGCUGCAGGAUUCAUUUAUCUACACAUUAUAUACUGGACAUAUAAUAUGUAAAUAAAUGGCUUUUAGAAAGAGGAAUUAUACUGUUUAAUUUUUCAGGGUUUUUUUGUCUCUUAAUUUGGGGCAUUUCUGAAAUGGAGAGCCUCGCAAUUAAUUUACUUUUUUAUUUUUUAACAUUAUAUGAUGCUAAUAGCUUGGCAAGUUUCCUGACCUCUUUUUAUUCCCAGGUCAUUGACUAUAGUGAUGUAGGGAGAGGGAAGAGUUUAGCUACCUUCAUAGCACUCCCAGGACUCAUAGCCUUCUCUUUUCCAAGCUGUGUUUCCACGCCAAGAAGGAGACAGGAAGAAACCUAUUUUCUUUUAUAUUACCGAGCCAGAAACAAAUGGCCUCAACCCAGAUCCGGAGAAACAAUGAUAGAAAUUGAAUUCUGCGCUAAAUGUUGACAAUAGAGAUUUGAACUGGAUUCUUGGGAUUACUGUCUGAAGAACUGGAGCAUCGAGCACCAUUUCUAUCCUGCUGGUUUGGAAUUUUUUUCCAUAAUGCUAUGUAUUGUUGACAGUGGCCUCUCUUCUUGUCCAUAUAUGCCUUACACCAUGCUGAACUGUUUUGUCCAUGUUCUAAAGCAUAUGGUUGUACUUUCUGAGUACAGCUGUGCAACCCUGUCCCUGCAUUGGGUAACCAUGUUAAGUUCCUAAAAAGUGCACGAGGGG